GCAUCAUUAACAUCGGCAUUGGAGCUCUGGCCAACAAACCAGAGAAUAGCACCCUCAUUCAUCAAUACCGAUGUUGUGCGCACAAUAGAGCUUGCCUCUCAGGUAUACGUCAAGGCGUCGUACGCGAUACAGUCGCUGUCGGACAAAGAGAAUGACGUAUUUUAUCUAACAUGGGGCGAGGAAGAGGAGCAGAUGACGAGCUGGAUGCAAGUCAAAGUGAAGGGCUUGACGGGUUCGUUGGAGGUGGAGCCUUUAGGGCAGAAUGCGGAGAGCUUAGCAUAUGUCUACGCGAUCAAUCUCGCCAAGCCGCUUCCCAAGGGGGAAUAUCUCACUAUACUUGUCGACACCAUCCAGUUACAUGCGAGCUAUCCCAAGCCGGCAUAUGCAUCGCAGACAGACAGUCAUUUCCGGGUGUAUGAGGCUGAUGGACUCCUGCUCUCGCCAUACGAGACGACCUCUCAACGACUACGGUUUAAGGCUCCGACUCCCAGCAUUCGUUCCUACCACAUCUCCCACACCCUCGAGGACCUCGCAAAAGAGGAGCCAGUUGUCAAGUCCGGCGCUACGGUCACUUUCGGACCGUUCAAGUCUCAACCUCCAACAGCAACAAAAGGCUUCAACAGAACACCCUAUCGCGUUUCAGUGGACUUCGAGAUGAACAUCCCUUCCUUGACAGUGGUCUCGCUGAACCGGUCAGUAGAGGUCAGCCACUGGGGGGCGAACAUGAAUACCCAGGACGACUACAUGUUGAGGAAUGACGCGCCUGAGCUGAAAGGUCAGUUCUCCCGUUUGGACUUCCAGAUGGCCCAACAUGCACGACGCAUGUCACCCGUGAUCAUCUCCGCCGUGACCCUUCAACUCCCCUCUGGCGCCCAAAACCCCUACUACUUCGAUCUCGUGGGCAAUGUCUCCACCUCCGCCUUCCGUCCCGCUGCCAAGCCCAGCUCAGAGCGUGCCGCUCGCCUCGGGCCACAGAACGCUCAGCUCGACCUCAAGCCGCGCUACCCUCUCAUGGGCGGUUGGAAUUACACCUUCACGGUGGGGUGGGACGCGCCACUAGGGGACUCAGCGCAUUGGGACGAGAAAAAUGGAAGGUGGAUCCUCGCCGUGCCUUUCAUGACCCCUCUGCCUUCAACCCCUGUGGAUAAAGCAGAGGUGCGCGUGAUCUUACCCGAGGGAGCAACAGACAUCACUGUGCACCCGCCAUUCGAUGUAUCCUUGAUGGAGCGCAGCACGCAUAUAACAUACUUGGACACGAUCGGCAGGCCGGCGUUCACUUUCCAUGCGGAGAACCUCACGGAGGUACAUGAUGGCCUUAUCUACAUAACGUACAAGGUCCCUCUGGCUGCACACCUCCAAAAACCGCUCGCAGUGGGCAUUGCGAGUCUCAUUGUCUUCAGCGUAAUGUGGACACUGAAGCGGGUGGAUAUGACGAUCCACAAAUAGAGUAGAAUGCAAGUGGUCAGCGUGUGGAAUGCAUAUAGUCGUAUGCUGGACUAGGGGUAAUGC